AUGGGUCUCGCAUUCACGAAGAUAUGGCAGCGAAUGAUCGGAAAGCAGGAGAUGCGGAUUUUGAUGGUUGGCUUAGAUGCAGCCGGUAAGACCACCAUUCUCUACAAGCUGAAGUUAGGUGAGGUGGUCACCACCAUCCCUACGAUCGGCUUCAACGUGGAGACCGUGGAGUACAAGAACUUGUCAUUCACAGUGUGGGACGUUGGUGGCCAGGACAAGAUUCGCCCCCUGUGGCGCCACUAUUACCAGGGGACGAAUGGCUUGAUCUACGUGGUUGACAGCAACGACCGGGAUCGCAUUGAGGACGCCCGCGAGGAGCUCAACAAAAUGUUGAAUGAAGACGAGAUGCGCGACGCAGUGCUCCUGGUCUUUGCGAACAAGCAGGACCUGCCGAAUGCCAUGACCGCAGCAGAAGUCACCGAGAAGCUCGGUCUGCACAACUUGCGGCAUCGCCAGUGGUUCAUUCAGUCCGCCUGCGCUACCACGGGAGACGGCUUGUACGAGGGUCUCGACUGGCUCUCGAGGACGCUGUCCUCAAAGCGCUAG